AUGAUGGCAAAACCUCCAGCCAGCAAGCAACCAGCUUCCAGAGCUGGCGCCAACAACAUUCCAGUUGCACAACCAAAUAGACCAAGUGUGCCUCCCACUCAGUCAGCUCUACAACCAAGAGCACAUGAGCAGACUCACACAGUGGUGACCCCCAAGCAACCUGCUCCAAGGCACAUAGCACACAAGGGUCCCACCACAACCAACAUUGGCAGGAGACCUAGUGGUCCAUCACCUAUAGUGAGGCCCAAGGUUCCCAAACUGGUUCCCACAGAACCACCAACCUAUGGCACAGCCAAUGCCACAAGACUCGUACCCAAUGAGGUGCCGUUGUCUUUGGACAGGACCAGCCUUGGUCCAACCAUCACCAGUCCAUUUGCCAGGAGGCCUACCAAGCAGAUACCCUCUGCUCUUGGUGGAAACCAUGGGGAGCAACCACAUCAAGCACCUUUGACAAAGGCAGCUUUGGUGUCUCCUACCCAGGAGCUGACUGCCAUGGUGUCACCUUCCCAGAAGUUGACCGCCACCAUGCUUUCUACCCCAAAGCUGGCUGCCAUGGCAUUAGUGCAUGGCAAUGGACCAAACCCGGUGACGCCCCUGGAUUUUCGGACGGGCAACUAG